AUGGCGAUCGCGUCUCGCAGCCUUCAGUGUCUAAGACACUUAGAGCAUUUAGCAGAGGAAGCGCAACAUUCGGACGGUGAAUCCGCGCUGCCAGCCUCCGCAGUGGGGGAUGAACUUGGAAGGUUCAAGAUCUGGGCGGGCAAUAUUGGAGCGUUACAAAGAGAUUCAAGAUCUCUCGACUAUCGACUCCGUGACGCGUCUCAGGUAGGGGACCAGGUCAUGAAAGUCUUGCAAGAUCUCGAGUUGUCACUUCACGAAUGCAUUGAAAUUGUGUCCGGGCAAAGAGCCCAAAAACAAGGCGAUUUGUUUGACGGAGAAGCUUUCAAUGAUGAGUUUAGUGAUAUAUCUGACUCAGAUGGCUCUGAGGACCCGAGCUCCAGUGCUAGCGAAGAGGAACCUGUUUCAGAACUUUCCCACUUGUUUUUGGCUAUAACAGAAGCCAUUACAAGUCUUUAUAAGCUGUCCAUAACCAUUAGAAACCCCACUCCUCGCGAUAGAUACGCCAAGGCCGCGUCUUCAACCCCAUUCGAUGCGUCUUAUGACGUGGGCCAUGUGUACGAGAAAUUCCCACAUGUCCGGUCGAAAGCGUGGCUUAUGGACAAAUUGGGGAGGGCAAUCACCAGAAGACGUGAGUUCCUUCGAUACCGGGAAAAGCAUCGGGAGAAAAUUGGCGGCAAUGUCAGACCCUCAACUGACCUUACGGAACAUCAUGAGCUGGCGAUUUCCCGCAAAAACCUCACAUACAAUGAUGCCCAGACCUCAACAGGGGCCCCAGUAAUCGGGUACGAAGCACAUUCUGUGAGUCAUAGCCAAUUUGCAUCGACCAAAGCCACGACGUAUGUGGCCAAUCUUAAUGACGAAAGUCUGGACAUGCGAUCGACUGCAGGCCGCUCUGAGACCUCGUAUGUGACAUCAGUCGCAGAAGAUAAUUCGGAAAACACGAUGCAAAUACCGGACCCUCCGAAAGAAUCGGCGAACGGCAUGCCAUUCGAAUGUCCAUACUGUUUUACGAUUCAGUCCGUCAGAAACGCCAAGCACUGGAGGAAACACCUCUUGAGUGAUCUCAAGCCAUACAUCUGCACUUUCGAAGACUGUUCUGCACAGAUGUUCGAUAGACGACAUAUGUGGUUUCAGCACGAAAUGGACAAGCAUCGAAAACAAUGGCGGUGCAGGUUCUGUUCCUGCGAGCUGUUCGGCUCUGCAGCCUCACUUGAAUCACACUUGCAAGAUCAGCAUUCGGAGUAUACCAAGCAGCAGGUUUUGUCGUUGGUUGCGUUGUGUGCACAAAUGCCUGAGCAUGUCGCCGCCUCGGCCUGUCCAUUCUGCGACUGGGAUGCAGAUUUACGGGAGCAAGCCGUAUCAAAAGAGAACGAGACAGCAAGAGCGCCUUCAGAGUCGAACAUAUUUGCCGUCUCGCUUGAGCAGUUCCAGAGACACUUGGGCGAUCAUCUCGAGCAGCUGGCCUUGUUUGCGAUACCACCACCCAUGAAAGAGUUAUCUGGAGCGUCUUCAAACCAGGCCGCGGCAAGCCACAAUAGCAACCAUACGCUUGAUUCAUUUGUGGUAUCGGAGGUAUCAUCCCUGUCAUCGGCCCUUACGGAUAAUGGGUUCCCUCCAGAGUUGUACGCAGCAGUGAUGAGUGGUAACAUUGGAAGGGUGACGCUGGAACUGCGGAAUCGCGCGGACCUCACACUCCAGUACGGAGGAUUUGGGAAUGUGCUACAUGCUGCUGCUGCAAGCUUGUCUUGGCCCUCCAGAGACGAAAUACUCCGAAUUUUGGUGGAAAAUGGUGCCGAUGCCAACAUGCAAGGUGGCGUUUACGGGAAUACGCUGCAGGCUGUGGCAGCAGAUCCCAGUAUGUCCGGUCGCCGGCUAUUAGCACUUGGGAUGUUGUUGGACCAUGGCGCAGAAGUCAAUGCCGUUGGAGGGAGAUACGGACAUGCCCUCAUAGCCGCGGCAGCAAUGCCAACGCCUCUUUCACAGAUGCAACACGAGCCAACUUCGAUGGUACUAAAGCUUCUACUAGAUCAUGGUGCCAAUCCUAAUGCGCGAGGGUCCAAAUCAUAUGGUAGUGCACUGCAUCAGGCAAUUGAACAUGAUGAUUAUGAAAGUGUACAGUUACUUCUUGACCGAGGGGCGUCCACGACUGUCCAUUAUGAGGACUAUGGAACUCCGGUUCACUAUGCUAUGAAACAUGCCUAUGGGCCAGUAUGGCAGCUCUUACGACAAGCGGCUCUCGAAACGAGGAUUGAACGCCAUUAUGAUAAAGUACCGCUUAGGGCUGCACUCAAGAUACAAAGAUACUUCCGACACCGUCAAAACUCGGGCCAGUCUACACCAAGGUCAACAGUCGGUGUUCGUUUUAGUAAUGAGGUCGGAAUCACGACUUUCUCUGGAGUCGAACAGCCGUCUACUCUUUAUUAUGGAGUGCCGCUCGAAGAACUGUGUCAGCGCGAGAAGGGACCAGUACCGAAGUUAAUCACAGACUGCAUUGAGGCCGUCGAGUUCCAUGGCAUGGGUCUCAUAGGAGUGUACGGUAAUUUUCAUAUUGACUGGAAUGAAAAUCUAACGGAUGACUUGAAGGCGGAAUAUGACCAACAUCCCGAAUCCCUAUCCCUGCAACAGCAAAUCCGCAUCCCUAACAACAUCGAAUACGUAACACACCUUCUCAAGAACUUCAUUUGGCAACUCCCAGGCUUAUUGAUACCUCGCGAAAGCCUUGCAAGAUUCGUACGCGCGGCGCAAUUCGUUGCGAGGCAGCGGAUUGACCACUUUGGAUACGAAAAAGGCGAAGGCCAAGCUACCACUGAGUUGCAAGCGACCAUCAGCUCGCUCCCGCAAGUCAACAGGAACGUCUUCGAAUUUCUCAUCCUCCAUUUCAAGCGCGUCACCGAUAGGGCAUACCAGAACACCAUGACGAGUGACAAACUCGCCGUUGCACUCGCCCCGUCCUUCAAAGGCGGCGUCGACUCGGGCGCUGGACCCAAACUACCCCUCGCCGAUCUCUCAUGGGCUCUUGAGUACAUAAUCCGCCGCGGUGGUUUCUGGUUCCGCGACCUGGAAAAACCGUGGGGCGUAUUCGAGUGA